GGGGUUAUUCCCGGCGCUAUAUCCUGGGAUUUUUCUGCUGUUCUUCCCCUGGCAGCCGUCUUUCCCGAGGACUCCAUCCCCUUGCAGGCCCCGCUGCUGGGUGGCUAAGAGAGGGGAAACACACAACCAGUGUUUGCUUUAUCUGCUGGAUUCAUCAUGAUAACUCCAGCUUUUGAACUGACCCAGGAUCCAGAUUUUCUUACAGUAAAAAUCAGAGUGCCUUAUGCCAGAGCUUCAGAGUUUGACAUUUAUUUUGAAGGGGAAGAUUUCAAAUUUUAUGCCAAGCCAUACUUUCUCAGAUUGACACUUCCUGGAAGAAUUGUAGAGAAUGGCAGGGAAAAAGCUUCUUAUGAUACAGAUGAAGGUACUUUUACAAUCCAGUUGCCCAAGGAGGUUCCUGGCCAGUAUUUUGAGGGGCUGGACAUGCUGACAUCUCUUUUAGCACCAAAGAAAUCAAGAUCAGCGAAACCUUUGGUAGAAGAGAUGGCUGCCUCUACUGAGCUGUCUGAAGAGAAUGAAGAAGAAUUUGACUGGGAAAUGGAACAAAUUGCUUAUGAAGAAAGCACUCCAUCACUGCAGCACCCCUAUGGAUUUGGGAAUUUGCGCUCAGGGGUGUUCCAGAGGCUGCAGGAUGAGCUCAGUGAUGUUAUUGACAUUAAGGAUCCAGACCAGACUCCUGCAGAGGAACGUAAGAGGAAACGUUUGGCAGCUGAGGCUGCCAAGUUUGACCCUGAUCAUUACCUAGCUGAUUUUUUUGAAGAUGAAACUAUUAAACAUCUUUUAAAGUACAAACCCUGGUGGAUUGAUGCUCAUAAAAAGAUGACAGCCUUGCAGGGAGAAAGUCAUCAGGAACAUGACAGUCCUUCAUUUGUUGUCUUCUCUGAGGAAGAGAGAGAGCAGAUGAGAAAGUUCACAAAUAAAUCUUAUGUUCUGGAUAAAAGGAGCCGUCAGCACGUAUAUCUUGGAUUAAUUGAUAUUCUUCUGGCAUAUUGCUAUGAGAUCUGUGUCAAUGAAGGGGACAAGAAUGUUGAAUCGUCUUGGAACAUCAGGAAACUGAGUGCAACAUUGUGCUGGCUGGAGAGUUUCUCCAGCAUCCAUGAUGUCCUGGUAUCUUUUGGAAGAAGAGUGCUGUGCUACCCCCUGUACAGGCAUUUUGGACUGGUGACACGUGCCUUCAAUGACACAGUCAUGAUUUUGCAGCUGGGGAAAGCUGCAGUUUUGAAGUGUCUGUUGGACAUUCACAAGAUUUUUAUGGAGAGUGACCCUGCCUACAUCCUUAAUGAUCUCUUCAUUACGGACUAUUGCAUCUGGAUCCAGAAAGUAAAGUCAAAAAAGUUGGCUGCACUCUGUGAGUCCUUGCAGAAAACCACACUCAGCAAGUCCCACAUGGGGCUGGAGCUGGAAGAGCUGGAAGCAGCAGCAGUGCUGGUACAGGAGGAAGAGAAGGCGUUAAAAGCUGCUGGCACAGUUUCCAAGCAACAGCUGCUUUGCUCCGAGUCAGAGACAAGUGACUCUGAAGAAUCCAGCAGCACUUCAUCAUCUGAGACAGAAGGCUCUGAUUCAGAUGAGCAGGAGUCCUCGACCAGCGAAGAUGGGGAAAUAAAUUCUUUCCAAGGCAUGCUCCAGCAGGAGAGGACAGCUCCACUUAUUGACUGUAAUGGAUUAAGGCAGGGCACAGACACUUCAGCGAUGGAGGUCGGUGAUGGAAAAUCAAAGGUUUCCUUGCCAUCUACAGCUCCUCCUGGAAAACUGGUAGAAGAAUUAGAAAUGCAAAUCCACUCUGCAAUGAGACUUUCAGAGCAGCCUGAAGGAUUGGCUACUGCAGGCUGCAUUUCACAGGAACAAGAAGAAAGCCCUGUACCCAAGCCUGACAGAUUUUCAGAAGUUGCUGCUGGGAAGGGAAAUUUCUUGGAGGUGUCUCCCAAGCCAAACCCAUUACUUUUUCUCUGCAGCAUAAAUGAAGAUGAAGACUAAAGGAUUGUGCAGGAGCACAGUGUGACCCACAAGCUCACAGCUUGUUCUGUAAUGAGCUGUCCCAAGGCUGUCCUGUG